CCUCUAUGGUGGGGUUGAAUAUCAGUGGGCUAAAGUACUGGGGUUUUUCAAUUUCCAGUUAUUGAACUUGUUCUGGGCUUUCACUGUUUCAAGAUUUCUUGUGGGAAUUUGAACUUUUGUUUCUUGGCAUCUGCAAGCUGAGAUUAAAAGGGGAAGAAUGUCGUCUUCUCAACGUGGUCAGUCUUCUAUAAAUUCUGCGAGAUCGAGACAUAGUACUAGGAUAAUUGCGCAGACGUCCAUAGAUGCUAAACUCCAUGCAGAUUUUGAAGAAUCGGGUAGUUCAUUUGACUACUCCAGCUCGGUUCGUGUGACGAAUGUCCCUAGUGGAGACCAGAGACCUAAGUCCGACAAAGUCACUACUGCUUACCUCCAUCAAAUACAGAAAGGCAAGCUGAUCCAGCCAUUUGGUUGUCUAUUGGCCCUUGAUGAGAAAACUUUCAGAGUAAUUGCCUAUAGUGAGAAUGCUCCAGAAAUGCUUACAAUGGUCAGUCAUGCUGUUCCAAGUGUGGGUGAUCACCCGGUUCUUGGCAUUGGAUCUGAUAUCAAAGCUAUUUUUACUGCUCCUAGCGCUGCUGCGUUGCAGAAAGCACUGGGAUUUGGUGAGGUUUCUCUGUUGAACCCCAUCUUGGUUCACUGUAAAACUUCUGGGAAGCCUUUCUAUGCAAUAAUACACAGAGUCACAGGCAGUCUAAUCAUCGACUUUGAGCCUGUGAAGCCUCAUGAGGUCCCUAUGACUGCUGCUGGGGCCUUGCAAUCUUAUAAGCUCGCAGCAAAAGCUAUAACCCGGUUGCAGGCGUUACCUAGUGGGAGCGUAGAAAGGCUCUGUGAUACAAUGGUGCAAGAAGUUUUUGAACUCACCGGUUAUGACCGGGUGAUGAUUUAUAAGUUUCAUGAUGAUGAUCACGGAGAGGUGUUCACUGAGAUCACAAAGCCUGGCCUUGAGCCUUAUGUGGGCUUGCAUUAUCCCGCUACAGAUAUCCCUCAGGCUGCCCGAUUUUUGUUCAUGAAGAACAAGGUCAGGAUGAUCUGUGACUGUAGAGCUAAUCAUAUAAAAGUGGUUCAAGAUGAGAAGCUUCCAUUUGAUCUGACACUCUGCGGCUCGACGCUCAGAGCCCCACACACUUGCCAUUUACAGUACAUGGAGAACAUGAAUUCGAUUGCGUCUUUGGUGAUGUCUGUUGUUGUCAAUGAGGGAGAUGAGGAGGGCUCUGAUUCUUCGCAUCCAGAAAAGAGGAAAAGGCUUUGGGGAUUAGUAGUUUGCCAUCACACAAGUCCAAGAUUCGUCCCCUUCCCUCUCCGUUACGCAUGCGAAUUUCUUGCCCAGGUGUUCGCCAUCCAUGUUAACAAGGAAUUGGAAUUGGAAAAUCAGAUGCUUGAGAAGAAUAUCCUGCGAACUCAGACCCUUUUGUGUGAUAUGCUGUUGCGAGAUGCACCCUUAGGCAUCGUGUCCCAGAGCCCCAACAUAAUGGAUCUCGUGAAAUGUGAUGGUGCUGCCCUACUAUACAAGAACAAGAAGUAUCGGUUGGGAUUAACACCGACCGACUUUCAGAUCCGAGAUAUAGUUUCAUGGCUUGAUGAGUACCACAGGGACUCCACGGGUUUGAGUACAGACAGCUUAUACGAUGCCGGUUUUCCAGGGGCUCUGGCUCUUGGUGAUGCUGUCUGCGGUAUGGCAGGUGUCAAGAUAAGUGAUAAGGACUGGCUUUUCUGGUUCAGGUCACACACUGCUGCGGAAAUUCGUUGGGGUGGUGCUAAGCAUGAACCUGGUGAAAAGGACGACGGAAGGAAGAUGCAUCCAAGGUCGUCAUUCAAAGCAUUCUUAGAAGUUGUGAAGACAAGAAGUUUACCUUGGAAAGACUAUGAGAUGGAUGCAAUCCACUCGUUGCAGCUUAUUCUAAGAAAUGCGUUCAAAGAGGCUGAGGUUAAGGAGUCAGACACUAACACAAUUCAUACAAGGCUGAAUGAACUGCAAAUCGAUGGUAUACAGGAGCUCGAAGCAGUGACAUCUGAGAUGGUCCGCCUGAUUGAAACUGCUUCCGUGCCUAUCUUAGCAGUUGAUGUAGAUGGUCUUGUGAAUGGCUGGAAUACCAAAAUCGCUGAUUUAACAGGUCUUCCUGUUAACGAAGCAAUUGGCAGGCAUUUUCUUGCACUCGUUGAAGAGUCUUCAGCUGAUACAGUGAGUAAGAUGUUGGAAUUGGCACUUCAAGGGAAAGAAGAAAGAAAUGUACAAUUUGAGAUCAAAACCCAUGGGCCAAGGAGUGAAUCUGGUCCAAUCAGCUUAGUUGUGAACGCUUGUGCGAGCAGGGAUGUGAAGGAGAACGUCGUGGGAGUAUGUUUUAUUGCUCAGGAUAUAACAGCCCAGAAGAGCGUGAUGGACAAGUUCACAAGAAUUGAAGGAGAUUAUCGAGCUAUCGUACAAAAUCCUAACCCGUUAAUCCCACCUAUAUUUGGGACAGAUGAGUUUGGCUGGUGUUCUGAGUGGAAUGCAGCCAUGACAAAAAUAUCCGGAUGGCGUAGAGAUGAUGUGAUCAAUAGAAUGCUUCUGGGUGAGGUCUUUGGGAUAAAUAGAGCUUGCUGCCGUCUGAAAAAUCAAGAGGCUUAUGUGAACCUCGGUAUCGUACUCAACAAUGCGGUCACUGGCCAAGAUUCUGAAAAAAUACCAUUCGGUUUUUUCUCAAGGAGCGGGAAAUACGUGGAGUGCCUACUUUGUGUCAGCAAAAAGUUGGAUGCGGAGGGUGCAGUAACUGGACUCUUCUGCUUCCUGCAGCUGGCCAGUCAAGAGCUCCAACAAGCACUUCACAUUCAACGAUUAUCAGAGCAAACUGCACUGAAGAGAUUGAGAGUCUUAGCUUAUAUUAGAAGGGAGAUCCGGAACCCUCUUUCCGGGAUUAUAUUUUCUCGGAAGAUGAUGGAGGGAACUGACCUGGACGAUGAGCAGAAAAACCUUCUGCGCACUAGUCUUUGCUGUCAACGUCAGCUAAACAAAAUUCUCGAUGAUACAGAUCUUGAUCAUAUAAUUGAAGGGUACUUGGAUCUGGAGAUGGUGGAGUUCAAUUUGCCUGAAGUCUUGAUUGCUGCGAUUAGUCAAGUCAUGAUGAAAAGCAAUGGAAAGGGUAUUAUGAUAGUCGAUAAUUUGGCUCCAAAUCUCUCUAGCGAAACACUAUAUGGAGACAGUUUGAGGCUUCAGCAAAUCCUAGCGGCAUUUUUGCUAAUAUCAGUCACUUACACUCCAAGCGGGGGCCAGCUUGGCGUUGCAGCCUCGUUGACGAAAGAUUCUAUAGGCGAAUCAGUUCAGCUUGGCCAUUUGGAGUUCAGGAUGACACAUACGGGUGGAGGUGUACCGCAAGAAUUGUUGAACCAAAUGUUUGGGGACGAGGCGGACACGACUGAGGACGGGAUCAGCCUCUUCAUCAGUAGAAAGUUGGUGAAGCUUAUGAACGGAGACGUUCAGUAUCUGAAGGAGGCGGGACGAUCCACUUUCAUCAUCUCUGUUGAACUCGCCAUAUCUAGUAAGCACAAUGCCUAAAUGUACUCCUUUGUACGUUCCACAGUUGUUUCUCACUGUUGCUUUUCUCUUUUUGCUUGGGGUGCGGCAAAGCCGUGUUGUUUUUCUGCUGUAAUUAUGUGAACUUAUGUUCUUGCCGAUGUUGUAACUUGGUGCUUUUAUAGCUCAAGAACAAUGCUUCAUCAAUCAACUUCUGUCUGUUGGUCUUGGUUCAUUAA